AUGGAUUUCAAUGGGAGCCAGGACUAUGGGUCUCAUCCCACAGGACUGUCCUAUAACACAAGCACGGACUAUGAGGACUACUACCAGGAGUCUGAUGCCAGUAAAAUCAUCAUCCCAUCCAUCUAUGCUCUUGUGUGUUGUGUAGGUCUGACUGGCAAUUCUAUGGUCAUCUAUGUCAUUCUGAAAUAUGCCAAAAUGAAAACGGCCACUAAUAUUUACAUCCUUAACUUAGCUAUUGCUGAUGAGUUAUUCAUGUUAAGUGUUCCUUUUCUGGCCACAUCAGCUGCUGUUCGCCAUUGGCCCUUCGGGUCGCUGAUGUGCAGGUUGGUGCUCAGUGUAGAUGGCAUCAAUAUGUUUACAUCAAUUUUUUGCCUGACUGUGCUGAGUGUGGACCGGUAUGUAGCAGUGGUCCACCCGAUCAAGGCUGCUCGCUACCGCAGACCCACUGUAGCCAAAGUGGUCAAUGUGUGUGUGUGGGGUCUGUCACUCAUAGUCAUCCUGCCCAUCAUUAUCUUCGCAGACACUGUCCCAGCACAGGACGGUGGCGUGGACUGUAACUUCUUGUGGCCUGAAGCAGUGUGGUCAGAAGCAUUCGUGGUCUAUACUUUCCUGUUGGGGUUUCUGCUGCCGGUCGGAGCUAUAUGCUUAUGUUACUGUCUAAUGGUGGCCAGGAUGCGAGCAGUGGGGCUAAAAGCAGGCUGGCUUCAACGACGGCGCUCAGAGAAGAAGAUCACCCGCAUGGUGCUGCUAGUUGUGGCAGUGUUUGUUCUCUGCUGGAUGCCUUUCUACAUCGUCCAGCUGGUCAGCGUUUUCCAUCGGCCACCAGACCCCAUGGUCACUCAGCUUUUUGUCAUUCUCAGCUAUGCCAACAGCGGGGCCAAUCCGAUCCUGUAUGGCUUUGUGUCUGACAACUUCCGGCGUUCAUUCCAGCGCAUUGUGUGUUUCCGAUGGCUGGAGUCUGGGUUGGAUGCAGAGCAGGUGGAUUACUGUGCGAUAGCUUUGAAGAGACAAGCAACAUGUAGCCCUCUGGAUUUUCCCAAGGACUGUAUGGCAUCUGAUAUGGUGUUUCGCAAUGGGACGUAUACCUCCCGUACAACUACAGUGUAG